GGUUUAGCAAUAUGGUGGAGUUGUUUUGCAUUGUUUGCAACUACCGCUAUGGAAAUAUAUAACAUUUUUUUGUAUGUUGGUCCUUUCGGUACUUGCCGAACCACCGAUUCAAGGUGUAAAACCGACAAAUGUACUUGGCACUUCUGAUCAGCACGCGUCUUUCAGUUUUAUUAGACCAGGUUUAACGCAAACAGCCUUCGCUUUCAGUGGCCCUAGCUCUCACCAAUCGUUUAGUUCCAGUGUAGGAAAUCCACAUUUAGCGCAAAGAGUUCUACCAAAUGUUGCUAAUGCACUUGCUUAUAGAAAUCCUGGUUUAGGUGUAUUUCCGGUUGGUCAUGUCGCACAUGGUUAUGCAAAUGCACCAGUUGCACCUACAUUUGUGUCUUCUGCAUCUGCACCAUUACCUUAUCAAGCUUCUGUCGAUCCAGCUAAUGUACUAGCUUAUUAUCAACAAUUACAACAAAUUCAACAACCUCAGUUGCAUGGCUAUCCUACAGUUAAUACGUAUCAAGCACAAUUAGCGCAAUUACUUGCUUUGCGACAAGCACAAGCACAGUCUCAAGAACAUAUUCAAACUACACAAGCACAAGUGGCUGAACAGACUCACUUGCAACAAGAUCAACAACAGCAACAACAACAGCAAUCUCAAGAUUUAUUAGGAAUUGCUUAUUCAUCAGCACCGUCUGUAGCGCGAGUAAAAGUUUCUGGAAAUGGUUAUAAAUUUGAUUUCUAA